AUGGAAAACAUUCCCAAACUCUAUCCCACCAUCGAGCUGCAGCCUCACGACGCCGCCAACGCCGGCUUCAAGCCCGACGGCCUGUCCGCCCGCGUACCCCCUGGGAGCGGACUGCCGCUGAGCCCCAGCGCGACGUCGCAGAACAGCCAGAGCGCCCCGUUCUCCUCCGUGCCGCCGUACCGCCCCGCCGCCGCCUACGAGCGCUCAUACCCGCCGCCGCACCAGUCCUCCGCCUCGUCGUCGUCGCGCGACCUGCCCGCCAAGGUUGCGAUUCCGCGCGCCGCGCCGUACAGCGUGCACGCGCAGCGCCUGCGGUCGGCGCGCGCCUGCGAACCCUGCCGCCAGCGCAAGAUCAAGUGCGACGGCGACAAGCCCGUCUGUCGUCAGUGUCAGGAGAACCGGGUGCCCUGCUCGUAUCUGGAUGUGAAGCGCGUGCGUGAUCAGAAGCAGCUGGGCAUCCUGGCGCAGCGCGUCGAGCGGUAUGAGCGGUUGCUGCGGGAUCUGGAGACAGAGGUGGAGGGCGUGGCGGCGAGACGGAUCCGACGGACGUUGAAGGCGGCGAAUCAACCGGGCGCGGGAGCCGAGGAUGGCGAUCUCUCUGAUAGUUCGACCUCGUCGGCCGGGUCGCUGACUGCCAUCGAUCUCUUGGAGGAGGAUCUGAACCGCAGCGAAAAGACGCGCGCGACGGGCUACUUCGGCAAGAACUCGGAGGUCUCCUGGAUGCAGAAGCUGGAGGGCGAGGCCGAGAAGCGCGGCCGACAGAUUGACUUCGACCCGGAAAUGCUGGGCGACGACCAGCAGCAGCAGCAGCAGAAGCAGCAGCAGCAGCAGCAGAAGAGCGACAUCCCCAUCGCGGCCAUGAGCUACCACCUCGACGAUCUGGGCAUCCCGCUCAUGGACGACGUCGACCCGUAUGCGCUGCCGCCGAAAAAGCUCGCGGACCGCUUCUUCGCCGCGUACAUGGAGUUCGUGCACCCGGCGUUCCAGGUGGUGCGGAAAAGUAUCUUUGUGAAGCAGUACUGGCAGUUCUUCAGCCAGCCGUCUAACCCGCCGCGGCGGUGGCUCGCGAUUCUGAACAUGAUCUUUGCGCUUGGGUGUCGGUACUGUCGCUUGUUGAACGACGGCGCCGGCCUCAACGACAAGGACGAGGACGACGACUACGAUGACGGGGACUGGAAUGAUCUGGUGUAUCUGAACCGGGCGCGGAAGCUGUGUCUAGACGGGAAUGUGCUGUUUGAGCAUACGGACCUGCAGCAGAUCCAGGUGGAAACCCUGGUGGCGCUUUAUCUCCUGGCGCUGGGGCAGAUCAACCGGGCGUCUAACUUCGCCGGCAUGGCAUUCCGCUCUGCGCUCUCGCUUGGCAUCAACCUGCGCUUCGAGGACGAGCGGACGCACCACUCCUCCAAGGAAGCGCGCGGCCGGCUCUGGUGGUCCAUAUACGUGCUGGAGCAUCUCCUUACGGCGACGACGGGCCGCGCCUCGUGCGUCGGCGAAUGGCUCACUUCCGCGCCGCUGCCCAUCCCCUUCGAGGAGGAGAGGUUCGACACACCCGAGGCGGUGCGGCUGUUCCGGGACCCCCGGCUGCGCCUGCGGCACCUCAAGCUGUCGCUCUUCGAGACGGAGGACGAGGCACGCGCCAAGGCGCAGUGGCUCGCGGGCUGCGAGCCCAGCCCGUCGCUCUUCUUCCACUGCCUCGUCGACCUCGCCUCCAUCACGCAGGCCGUCCUCAACAAGGUCUACUCGAUCCAGGGCCUGCGCGACACCGCUGCGCAGUUCGAACAGCGUGUCCGCAAGUACUCUUCCAAAAUGGACAGCUGGCUGUCCAAGCUUCCCGCCGCGUACAGUUUCACCACUGACCCGAACAACGACACCCUCUGUCUGGACGACAUCCGCGAGCCCCGCGCUUCCUCCUCCCCUUUCACCCGCGAACGCGUCUGCCUCGCCUUCACCUACUACAGCGCCCGCAUCACCAUCAGCCGGCCCUGCCUCACCCCCACUCACAUCAAAUCAUCCUGCUCCUCAAAGAACACCACCACAACCAGCUCCUCCUCCUCGUACACCUCCCCCGACCCCCCAAAACGCCCCCACAGACACAAAGGCAACCAACCCCACCAUCCCCACCCUCCAUCCCACCGCACCUCCAUUUCCCUCACCUGCCUCCGCGCCGCCUGCGCCCUCAUCGACAUCCUCCCAGACCACCCAGACCCCGUCUGGCUCGCCCGCUUCGCCCCCUGGUGGAGCAUUCUCCACUACAUCAUGCAAGCCACCACCGCCCUCCUCCUCGGCCUCUCCUCCUACCCGGCGCCUCCGAACGCCGCCUCGGCUUCGGCCCCAGACGGCACAUCCACGUCUACCCCGGGGUCGUCCGUCGCCGGGGAAGCAACCGAAACCGAAACAGAAACAGACCCCACCAUCGCGACCGUCCUCGCGCACACGCGCAAGGCGCUGCGCUGGCUGCGCCGCAUGGGCGGCGAGGAGGCGGCGGCGCGGCGCGCGUUCGUGCUCUGCGAGAGGGUUGUGCGGCGGAUUGUGCCGGGCGAGCCGGGGGGAUGA